AUGGCGCAAAACGUCACCGAGAUCCACGAUGUGGGCGUGGACAAGAAGUCUAGCCCAUACGAUGAGGCCCGCAUCAACGAAAAGGCCCCCUACGACUUUGCUGCCGAGGAGGCCCCCAUCGACCGUGCCGUCGAAGCUGACUUCAAUGUCACGGAACAGGAUCUUCAGGAGGCCAAGGCCCUCGCCGACAACAUGUCGCUCGAGGAAGUCCGAGCCCUCAUGGAGCAGGUCCUUAAGAUCCACGGCAACGACCCCAACUUCCCCCACACCAUCAUCACCAAGAUCGAGGAGUUUCUGAGCAACGACAGCAUCCUGGAGAAUCCCGAAAAGUAUGAGGAGAUCAUCUACGAGAUGAAGAUUGAGGCUGCCCUCAUCACCAACAACUCGCCCUACGCAGAAGUCCGUGCCGUUGUCGACAACCAUGAUGAUCCUACAAUGCCCUCCUCCACCAUCCGUGCCUGGGUCAUCGGUAUCAUUUUUUCCUGCGCUCUCGGUGCCAUCAACCAGCUCUUCUCCAUCCGCAUGCCUGCCAUUACCGUUGGUCUCAACGUCGCCCAGCUGUUGGCCUUCCCUCUUGGCAAGUUCUGCGAAAAGACGCUCCCGGAUAUCGGCUUCACCCUCUUCGGCUCUCGCCACAGCCUCAACCCUGGACCCUUCAACCGCAAGGAACACAUGCUUAUCACCAUCAUGGCCAACGUCGCCGGUAGCACCCCCUACACCAACAACAUCAUUUGGUCUCAGUAUCUUCCUCAGUACUUCAACCAGUCCUACGCUGGCCAGUUCAGCUACCAGAUCUUGAUCGCCCUCUCUACCAACAUGAUCGGUUACGGCAUGGCCGGCUUGACCCGUCGUUUCCUCGUCUAUCCCAGCUACUGCGUCUGGCCCGCCUCGCUCGUCACCAUUGCCCUCAACAACGCCUUCCACAGCGAGACAAACGUGCCUGUGCUUGGACCUCUCAAGAAGGUCUUCUCCAUGUCGCGCUACACCUUCUUCCUGUGGGCUACCUUGGCAAUGUUCGUCUACUUCUGGCUUCCCAACUACAUCUUCCUUGCUCUCAGCGCCUUUAGCUGGCUCUCCUGGAUCUCCCCGAACAACAUGGUUCUCAGCAACAUCACCGGCUUCAAUAACGGUCUCGGUCUCAACCCGUGGCCCACGUUCGACUGGAACGUCCUGCUUUUUGACGCCACCGACCCGCUCAUGGUUCCCUUCUUUAGCACGUUUAACAAGUUCGUGGGCAUGUUCUGCUCUUUCUUCGUUGUCAUCGGUAUCUGGUGGACCAACGCCUACAACACGGGCUACCUGCCCAUCAACUCGAACAAGGUCUACGACAACACAGGCGGCCGCUACGACAUCUCGCGCGCAAUCAAUGAAAAGGGUCUGUUCGAUGCUGAAAAGUACGAGGCCUACUCGCCUGCUUACCUGGCUGCCGGCAACUUGGUUGUUUACCUCUUCUUCUUUGCCAUCUACCCUGCCACUCUCGCCUAUAUCCUGCUCAACCACCGCUACGAAGUUAGCAUGGGCUUCAAGAACCUUUGGAACUCGCUCCGCAGGAACAAGAACACCGAGGUAGGCCAGUACAAGGAUGUGCACAACCGUCUCAUGGCCGUCUACUCUGAAGUUCCCGAGUGGUGGUACCUGAUUGUCCUCGUUGGCGCCAUCGGCUGUGGUAUCGGUGGCAUUGCCGGCUGGGAGACCUACACCACUCCUGCUGUCGUUUUCUACGGUCUUAUUCUCUGCAUCGUUUUCGUCAUCCCCGUCGGCAUCGUCAAGGCCAUGACCGGCAUGGAAGUCACCCUCAACGUCUUGGCCGAGUUCAUCGGUGGUUCCUGGGUUGAAGGCAACGCCCUCGCCAUGAACUUCUUCAAGUCGUUUGGCUAUGUCACCUGCGCCCACGCCGUCUGGUUCGCCAACGAUCUCAAGCUCGCUCAUUACGUCAAGAUCCCCCCCAAGCACACCUUCGCCGCCCAGGUCAUUGCCACGCUCGUCUCCACCUUCAUCUGCACCGGCAUUCUCAACUUCCAGAUGAACGAUAUCCCCAACGUCUGCACCAAUGAUGCCCCUAACAAGAUGACGUGCCCGGGUAUCAACACCUUCUUCACGGCUUCGGUUCUCUGGGGUACCAUUGGCCCCAAGAAGAUCUUUGGUCACAACGGCCAGUACACGGUCCUCAUGAUCGGAUGGCCCCUCGGUCUUAUUCUCCCCGUCAUCAUCUGGUACGUCCAGAAGAAGUUUCCCCAAAAGAAGUGGCUGCGCCAGAUCCACCCCAUAGUCCUGCUGUACGGAGCCAUGUACUGGGCCCCCUACAACCUGUCAUACGUUAUCCCCUCGGUCUGGAUCGGCUGGCUUUCUUGGAUCUGGUGCAAGAGCCGCUUCCUCGGCUUCUGGUCCAAGUACAACUUCGUCCUGUCGGCCGCUUUCACCACGGGUAUCUCGGUCGCUGCCGUCAUCAUCUUCUUCAGCUUGGACUGGUCGGGUGUCGAGGUUAGCUGGUGGGGUAACAAUGUGGUUUAUCAGGGGUGCGAGGAUACAGCUUGCUUGUUGAAGGAGUUGAAGGAGGGAGAGAUUUUCGGGCCCGGACCGGGUCAGUUCCAUUAA